GGGUUUAUGUUCCCACUAGGUUCUAUAGCCACGAAGUCAGUUUCCAAAGCCACAAAUUCUGAUUUAUUAUUGAUUCGUUCAAGGUUACAGUUUGCCAUGAGUUGAACGGUGUGGUUAAUGUUUGGGUAAAAGUUGAAAUACUAUUGUAAGAAGACAUUGGUUUAUUACUUUGAGCAUAAAGAAGCUAUUCGACAGCCUGCGUUCCCUACUGACUCACCUGCAGAUUUGACGCCACGCCCAUUACCUGUAAAAAAAACAGGAAAUCAAAAGCUUUGAAGGAAAACGAAUUGUUUCCUUUAUUUAUUUAAAACACACAAUCGCAUUUGACUUUUUCGUUUUUGAUUGCGCAUUUUUACUACAAAGCCCCAUACGUCCAUUAGGGACACAUCCAGUACUGACCAGUCCAACACUGACCUGUUUAGGUCUAGCUGCUCCUGGGAUAGGUUCUACUGGACCAAAGACGCCCCGCAUCUGUAUCUUCGUCGACUCUCUGCACCCAACUAUUCUACUGUCCUGAGGAGCCCGGUCAUGGAGGAGACGGUGUGGGAACAGUACACGGUGUCUCUACAUCGGGACCCCAAGAUGGGUUUUGGCAUUGCAGUGUCCGGUGGGCGGGACAAUCCUAUCGAAGGAAGCGGGGAGAUAUCCAUAGUGGUGUCCGAUGUGCUUCAAGGAGGGCCAGCUGACGGCCUGCUAUUUGAGAAUGACCGGGUGAUACAGGUCAAUGCCAUUCCCAUGGAUGGCGUGCCCCACUCCUUCGCGGUACAGACCCUCAGGAAGUGUGGAAAAGUUGCCAAAAUCACGGUCAAGAGACCCAGGAAAGUCCCGGUCAACCUGCUGAAACGCGCCCCUUCCCCUGAUGACCGCGUCUUCAGCAACGAUGACUAUGACUACGACCAGGACCGUCACAGUCUUUACAGCGGACGCGGCACUCAGGACCGUGACCACAGCCUAGAGAGAGGAGGUUACUCCGAUGCCGGCUACAGAGAGAAGGGCUUCGACCGUGACUACGGUGGAGGCGAGCGGGGGAGGAGUGCGGUGAGGGACCUGGAACCAGAUAGGCAGUACAGACGAGACUACAGCAAGGGUCGGACUCUGGAACGCGAACGUAGCCCCGAGCGCCACUACAAAAGUGACCGCACUCUUGACCGCGACUACAGUCCUGAUCGGCGUUACCGCAGCGAGCGCGCCCUAGACCGCGGGCCUAGCCCAGAUCGCCGUUACCGCAGCGAACGGGCUCUUGACCGUGACCCCAGCCCAGACAGGCGUUUCCGUAGCGAACACAAUCUGGACCGCAGUAACAGCCCCGACCUACGUUAUGGUGCCGGCUUUGAGCGGAACCGCGUUCCCAGCGACCGUGAAUACAGGAAGGAGCAGAUAAAGAAGAGUGGGAGCAGGGAGCGUCUGGACCACUCGCCCCCUGCCUCACCCAUUCCCAUGCCCCGCCUCCCCCAGGAACAGGAGCCCCUGGAGAAACCGGUCAAUGUGCUGCUACUGAAGAACAAGCCCAAUGAAGAGUAUGGUCUGCGUCUGGGUAGUCAGCUGUUCAUUAAGGAGAUGACCAGCACAGGUCUGGCCAGCAGGGAUGGCAACCUCCAGGAAGGAGACAUCAUUCUGAAGAUCAAUGGUACAGUGACCGAGAACCUGUCCCUGGGAGAUGCAGGGAAGCUGAUCGAGAAGUCUCGCGGGAAGCUGCAGUUGGUGGUGCAGAGAGACCGGAGACAGGUGCUGGUCAGGAUCCCUCCCCUGGCAGACAGCGACUCUGAGCUGGACGACAUCUCCGAGAUCGGGUCGUACCGCUCCUACUCGCCUCAGGAUGACCGGCGGGCUGCGCACUCGGACCUGUCCUCCCACUCCUCCAACGAGAGGCUCCGGGACAAACCCAGGGAGGAUCCACCAAACAGAAUGGCAAGAAUGGGGGCCAAGCCAACACCGUUCGCCUUGCCGGCUCAAGUGCCAGACAGAGUUACGAGAGAGCCAUCCCCUCUGCCGCCGGAGAUGGAUGAGCCCCGCCAAGAAACGCCCCCAGUACCUGUAGUCACUGUCCCAAAGGUCCAUGCUGCCCCAAAGGUGUCACUGAAACCAAGCAUGGAGGACCUGGAGAUUUAUGGGCCGAACACUGUGAUGGUGCGUUUCCAGAAGGGAGAUAGCGUGGGUCUGAGGCUGGCAGGAGGAAAUGAUGUGGGAAUAUUCAUUGCUGGCAUUCAGGAGGACAGCCUUGCAGAACAGGAGGGCCUGCAGACUGGGGACCAGAUAAUGAAGGUGAAUAACAUGGAUUUCAGAGGCAUGGUGCGUGAGGAUGCUGUUCUGUACCUGCUGGAGAUUCCAAAGGGAGAUGAUGUCACCAUCUUGGCUCAGAGCAAACCUGAUGUCUACAGUGACAUUUUGGAAUCCGGCAGGGGCGAUUCAUUCUUCAUUAGGACCCACUUUGAUUAUGAGAAAGAGGUUCCCCAGAGCCUGGCCUUCUCCCGGGGGGAAAUUUUCAAGGUGACCGACACACUGUACGAUGGCAAGCUGGGCAACUGGCUGGCCAUCCGCACGGACAAAGACAACCAGCUCCUGGAGAAGGGCAUCAUCCCUAACAAGAGCAAGGCCGAACAAAUGUCAAACAUCCAGAAUGCCCAGAGAGGUGCAGCCAAUGACAGAGGAGACUUCUGGAGAUUGAGAGGUCAAAGGGCAGCGAAAAAAAAAGACAUACGUAAGAGCAGAGACGACGUUAGUGCCCCUCCAGUCACGACUCGCUUCCCUGCCUACGAGAGGGUGGUCUUACGAGAGGCUGGCUUCAGGAGACCCGUGGUCGUGUUCGGACCGAUUUCAGACGCAGUCAAUGAGAAACUGGCCAACGACCUGCCUGAGGAGUUUGUCAUAGCAAAGACUGAACCGAAGGAUGCCGGCACUGAGAAGACCUCGGGUGUGGUGAGACUCAACACCAUUCGACAGAUCAUUGAUCAGGAUCGUCACGCCCUGCUGGAUGUGACUCCCAAGGCGGUGGACACCCUGAACUACACCCAGUGGUACCCCAUCGUGUUGUUCCUCAACCCGGACAGCAAGGCCGGAAUCAAAACCAUGAGGAACCGCCUGGUGCCUGGCUCCAACCGCAGUGCCCGAAAACUCUACGAGCAGGCGGUCAAACUGAAGAAGACCUGCUCCCACCUCUUCACUGCGACCAUUGACCUGAACUCAGCCAAUGACGCGUGGUAUGGGAGUGUGAAGGACUCAAUCCGGGCACAGCAGGAUCGAGCUGUGUGGGUCUGUGAGGGCAAGCUGGAAGGAUCAGAGGAGGACCUGGAUCUCAAUGAUGACCGCAUGUCUUACCUGUCAGCAAUGAGUGCCGACUACCUCAGCAUGGACAGCCGGCUCGCCAGUGACUAUGACGACACGGCCGACGAGGGCGGGGCUUACACCGACAAUGAGUUGGACGAGCCAAUAGACGAGCCCCAUCAGCCGGUGUCAGCCAUCAGCCGCUCCUCAGAGCCGGUACUGCCAGAGGAGAGACCUCAGCCAGCCCCUGUCCCUCGUAUGAAGAGAUCCGGGAGCAGAGAGGUGCUUAGAGAUCCCAGUCCACCUCCUUCCUUCGUUCCUGAACCCCCCAAGCAGGUGAGGUCACAAUCUCGCGGGGGCUACGACUCCCACUCCAGCAGCACCAUCAGCAGUGAUGCGGCUGGGGGAACCAAGCCUGCCCCUCCCCCUGUGGCCCUCAAGCCCAACAUGAGGGCUGUCAGUCAGUUGCCCGAGGUCCCCGGGGCCCAGGAGGGAGAGGACCCUGCCAGCCGCUCCUUCAUGGGCAAGGUGAAGGCCUUUGAGAAGAUGGAUCACCUGGCCAGAGCACAGAGGAUGCUGGAGCUUCAAGAGGCUGAGCAAGCAAGGCUGGAAAUAGCCCAGAAGCACCCAGACAUCUACGCAGUCCCAGUGAAACUGCCAAAGCCCAACCUCAACCGUCCACAGCCAAUAGGCUCCAGCUCCAGACCAGAGCCCCAGACUGCAUCCUCCAGGCCUCAGUACUCUGAGAAUAGGGGUCAAUAUAAUGAUGACGAUGAGGAGCAAUACCGCAGACAGCUAACUGAGCAGACCAAACGGGGUUACUACAGCAACCCUCAGAAGUACAAAGAUACUGAGCUGUAAAACAGACCCACUUGUCACAUUCCACUCUGUGCUCAGCCAAUCAGGGAGGCCUUCACUGUGUUCACACCCUAUCCUGUGCCUGUAACAUGGCCCCACCUGGUGGCUGGAGUGUACAUCCACGAUUGCAACUGUCCUCACCUUGACCUUUUGCCUAACUGUGUGGAGGGAAUAUCGGAUCCGAAUUGUUUGAUGUCCAAGCCCUUUUAGUCAUAGCUUUUCAAACCAACACAGUCUUAUUUCAUAUACCUUCAAUUUCAGUGUGUGUAUAUAACGAUAUUGUUAUAAAUUAGUUUUUUUGUGACAUUAAAAUGCAAAGUUAUCUGGACAGACACGCAGUAUCUGUAGCUGCUCUCUGUUCUGCUUGGUGGAGAAUCUGUCCUUCAAAUACCACAACAUUGUUUUACUGUACACUCAGUCCUCAGUAUGUCCUUAACUACAGCACAAAGUGCCUUAAGCGUCAAAAGUGUAGAUGUCAGAUCGUUAAAGAACAAACAAGCGGUCAGUACUUGGUGUUUAGAGGUGAUGGGCAAAACACACCAGUUUACUCCUGUAUUAGCCAUACACAUACAACCUGAGACAAUCACAUUAUGUCAUAUACAGUAUCUACCUACUUUAAAGGGGACUUUUUUUGUUACCAGGUCUAUCAGGUGAGUGAUUCUUACGAUCUUUGACCUCUGUUCUAUAUUUGAUCUGUAUUUCUCUUUGAUUCAUGGUCCUCAGGCUGCUGAAAUCAACUGUAGUUGACUGUUUUUUUUAACUUUCAGAAAUGACAAAUAAAUAAAUCUCUCUUAAA